AUGGCCGCACCGAAUGGAGCCCGCCAGACGACCAACACGAAGAAGCCCGUCUCAGCGUUGCGGCGGCUGAAGCAGGACUACAUGAUGCUGAUGAACGAUCCAGUGCCCUAUGUGGAGGCGGCCCCGCUGCCGUCAAACAUGCUCGAGUGGCACUACGUGAUUCGUGGACCAGAAGGAUCACCAUAUCAUAAUGGAAUCUACCAUGGGAAGCUCCGCUUUCCGCCGGACUACCCCUUCAAGCCGCCCAGCAUCUACAUGAUCACUCCCAACGGGCGCUUCAAACCGAACAGCCGACUAUGUCUGAGUAUUUCCGACUUUCACCCCGACACCUGGAAUCCCACCUGGAACCUGUCGACCAUACUGACGGGCUUGCUGAGCUUCAUGCUCGAGAACAAUUCCACUUACGGCUCAAUCAUCACCUCCAAGCGGGAGAAGCAAAUUUUGGCCAAAAAGAGCUACGAGUACAACCUGAACGAUCCGCUCUUCUGUGAGCUCUUUCCCGACAUUGCAGACGAGAUCAAAGACGAGCUUGAAAAACGAAAAGAGGCCGAAAGAACUAGCGCGAAUAGUACGGUGAACAACGCAGUGAAGGGCAUCGGCAAUCAAAUCAGCAAUCUAAUCAACAGCUCUGACGGGGGCAACAGAUCGGCGGCAGGCCUAGCUGGCAGGGAUAGCACUGCUGCUGCCACUGCUGCCACUGGCCCGCAGUCUAAUCGCUUCAUCUGGUCGGUCCUCUACAACCUAAUUGCCGUUGUGAUUCUGGUGAUCUUCUUCUACGUGGUUCGCUUCAUUCUCCGCGAGUCUAACUUGUUUGGCAGCAGUGCCUCCUCUUAG